UCGGAGAGCUAAAUCCGUUCACUUUCGCAUCUCCCUUCACUUUCGCAUCUCGAAAAAGUCUUCCGAUGCUUUAGCAUGUUGUUUCGCAGAACCUAUCUCUCCCUCUCUCGCUCCACUCUCUCUACGCUCCUCGGCCCACUUAAUCAUUGUCCGUACCCGAAAACCCAUCAUCAUCGUCAUCUCCGAUUCCUCUCCACCUCCAGAAUGGGCGACACCCAUAAAUCCCGUUCAAUUCCCGCAAUCGACAAAGCACCCAAACCCGACUUGCUUCGCGCCCUCGAGUCCUCCAUUGGUUCAUCGUUCCGGACCGACCCUGUUUGCCCCGACCCGAACCCGCUCAUCAUCGUCAUUUCUGGCCCUAGCGGGGUUGGCAAGGACGCGGUCAUCAAGAAGCUCAGGGAAGUCCGCGAAAAUCUCCAUUUCGUUGUGACUGCCACCAGCCGCGGAAUGCGGCCUGGGGAAGUUGACGGCAGGGACUAUUAUUUCGUGACGAAGGAGGAGUUUUUGUCGAUGGUAGAGCGGAACGAGUUGUUGGAGUACGCGCUUGUGUAUGGUGAUUACAAGGGAAUACCUAAAAAGCAGAUCAGGGAGUACAUGGGGAAAGGGUAUGAUAUUGUGUUGAGGGUGGAUAUUCAGGGGGCGGAGACUUUGCGGCGGAUUCUGGGGAAUUCGGCUGUGUUCGUUUUUCUCGUUGCGGAGAAUGAGCUGAAGAUGGUGGAGAGGUUGAUUGAGAGAAAGACGGAGAACAAGGAAGAAUUGCUUGUGAGGAUUGCCACAGCGAGAGAGGAGGUGAAACAUGUCAGGAAUUUUGACUAUGUUGUAGUGAAUGCAGACGGAAAGCUUGAUGAUGCUGUAAAGUUGGUGGAUAGUAUUAUUGAUGCGGAGAAGGCUAAGGUUUGGCAGAGGAAUGUGGCUAUUUGAUUUUUUGGGGCUUUCAAUUUUCUUCAUUGAGAUCAUACCCUAUAUCCUUCUCAGUUGGCCAGGUCCCUGCUCCAGUGGUUGCAUGAGGUUUUAUCUUUGAGGCCUUGGAAUUUGGAAAAGUCAUGGUCCUUUUUUCUAUUAUAUUUUUUUGAUUCGUGUUAUUUAGAAGUUCCUUUUUUCUAGUUUUUCCUUGUGCAUAUUGCGCAAUUGCUUCUUCUGCUCUUUUGAGACUUCCUUAUAAAUAUUGUUCUAUUUUGCUGGUCAUUUGCUGGUUUGGCAUUCGGAUCAAAAGGUCCAGAAUGAAUGCAUUUUUAUCAAUUAUGUCCUCACUGAAGGUGGCUGCCGCUAUCCCUUUCCUGUCUUGUCAUAGUCAUUUGUUUUUCAUUUGGACAACAGAAGUGAUGGACAUGAAUUGUCUCCCUCGCGGUAUUUUUAGAUUUCUUGGGACAUGCUCUAAGCGUGCUACCUUUUGUUCUGGGAGCUCUUAGCUAUAAUUGAUUGUAUGUGUUUUUAGCCGCCUGUAA